AAAGUUCAGUCGUCACAAUUAUGGAUAUCGCUGCUUCUUUGCCAAGAACCAAGGAAAAAAUUAAGAAAUCUGGACGAGAUUCCAUGACAAGUCAAAAUCUCCCAGGCGUUGAUGCAAACCCGAGGAAGCAUGGAAAUGAAAUAAUCAAAUCAGCUUGUGACAUGGAGGUGUCUACAGAUUCAAAUAUUGAGAGAUGUGGAUACCUUAUGAUCAAACGACCUCCCCAUGGGGGGAAGGUCAGGAUGAGAGCAUGGCAAUCCAAGUACUUCAUUCUGCGACACUCCCCACCAAUACUUGAUUACUACAAGGACGAGAUUUCUGCUCACUCACCGAAAGCAGCCAAAGAGAAACACAGCAUUAUAUUGGAUGAGAACGUUGUACAUAUCGGCCCCACUGACGCAUCACGCACUCAUCAUCACGCUUUCCUGAUUGUCACGCACAAACAUGGUGCCCUGACUCUGGCAUCAAACACUGACAAAGCAACAAAAGACUGGGUUACUUCGUUACUAAAGGUUGUUAAGCUGGCUUUGAGUGAAAAUCAGUUGCAGUCCUUUGAGGGAGUGGAAGCAUCUGGGUCUGAGGGGGAGAUGGAAUAUGCGGCAAUGUCAUCCGAUACCGCAAGCCCCGAGUCAUCCCCUAGGGUGGGGAGGGUGGGGAUUGCUGCCCGCCGUGACUCCUAUCAACAAGGUGAGAACAGUGUUAAAAGAAGAAAUUAUAAGUAUUGA